UAGAAGUCCGGUUGUUUUAAUUGUCUUAACCUUUUUUUUCUCGGAUUGAUCGUUCGUGACCUGGAUGACUGAGAAUCUUCACCAACAGCUGUGAUUGUAUGUCAGGUACAUGGCAUGUAAAAUGUGACACCGCUCGGGUGAAGGAGCAUGUAUCCGCGGCAGCUUAUUGGGCGAAGUAAUAGCAGCACGCCUCCUGUACACUCAUACCGAAAGUGAAAUUAAGACUAACCAACAGGCAUCGAGUGUCGACGGGACAGACUGUCGAGAUCCAGAGCCUGGAUGUCUCGCUGGUGGCGAAGAGGAGCUUGUACGGUAAAAAGACAUGGCCUCCCGUAUAAGCCUCUUUGUGCUCCUGUUCAUCCCUCUCUGUUCAGCAGCAGACUCUUUUGUUAAAGUGGUAUGUGAUCGUUCAAACGUGGCUCAGUUUGGCCAUCAGUCUAUGCUGACGUGUGUCGUCGACACCACACAAAACAUACCAGAUUUAAAAAUCACCCUGGUUGUCUGGAGGAAAGGAACCAAAGGAAUCAAAGGAAUCGUACCUCCUGUUGUCGUUUAUGAUGCAAGAAAUGACCCAGGAGAAUUAAAAAUACUGCAAGAAGGCUACACAUUUGCUGACACCAACUUUAACAACAGAAACGUCUCUCUGCUCAUCAGUAAUACUAAAGUGGAGGACGAGGGAGAGUAUUCAUGUGAGGUGACAACAGACAGUGGUUCCAGCUCUGCCACAACCAGACUCAAAGUUACAGCCAGAUACAAUUACCCGACUGCUGAUAAAACACUUGAGAAGGGCAGGUCAAACGUGGACCAGACUCUGGUUUGUAACGCCAGUGGUGGUUACCCAGAAGGCCAACUGCGCUGGUUUGAUAACUACAAAACGGACUGGACCAAAAGUGCAAAGCUAACAGUAACCAAGGACGAGAACGGUCUGUUUAUGCUCUCCAGUGAGCUGCAUUUGCUGAAAGGAUCCAUCUUCCCCGAGUACACUUGUGUGGUCUACAAUGCCAGCGGUGGCAAAGAGGGCUCCAUUUCAAUACCAACAGAACACACAGGCGCUUCUAAAGCAAAUCCAGCAACAUCGACAAUAAUUGCUCCAGUAGUGGUCAUCGGGUCCCUGAUUGUGGGUCUGCUGCUGGCAGUGAUAAUCUGUAAAAAACGAUCUCAACAACAAGAGCGGAGGCCCUCAACUCUUCCUCUUAUGGGGACACGUGACGACAUUACCCCUACAGCCCCGUAUCCAUACGAACCACCUCCUGCAUACAGCGUCGAGACCAGAGACAACAUAGCCUAAGGAGACCCAACGGGGCACAUUUACUCAUUUAGUGCCAAUUUUCAAGACAAGCCCUUCCUUUCUCACUAAGAUCUACAGUCGUAUACCUUUUCUUCAACUUCCAACUGUGCAUAUUCAGGGAUACCAUGUACUACUGUCAUUCACCAUUUAGGAUUACAACUAAUCUGAAGUCACCAGAAACAUUGUUAAAGACAUGUUUAAACAUUGUUAAUUAAGUCAAGAGAAAACGAGGUGGGCUUCACUAUUCCUACGUAGAGUGGAGAAGUAGCUUAAAGGAAGAGGGCUUGAUAUCGAGGCUGAUAUCUGAAACGGCACGUCUAGGACCCUGAAUGAUAAGUGAAGCAAGAGAACUCUGGGUCCAACUACAGACGUGGUGGCUGUUGGAGGAAAGACGAGGAGACAGAUGAUAUCAUUUUGGAGUAUGCCUUAAAUUCAGCCUUUGGCAGCUUUUUUUUCUUGCUCUAAUUUGUAAUAUUAUGUAAGAGUUAGAGGGAACACAAUGAAAUCAUAUGGGGUUGGUUUGAGGAAGUGCCCUCUGGAGCCAUCAGCAUAGACGACGAUUUCUGUUUGGUUCUUUGUGUGUUGUAUAGCUCAGGUGUCUUUAAAUUUUGUCUUGGUCAUUCAGACCAUGUUCCCCCGUAAAGAUGAAACAAAAAAACUCUGAAACAAGUUUUUUGUCUAAAAACCCUCCAAGUAGCAGUGUCUAACAAAACUUUCUCGUUGGGGAAGUAAUUCUUCAUUCAGGAAGAUGAGCCGCACAUUGUGCAAAAACCGGGACUGCUGACUGUAAACCAAAGAGAAAUUAGAUUGCUUUUGUAAAAACUCAUUGCGUCUAAAGCUGCUGCUUCACAUGUACUAUAAAACUGGGCCAACAGACUUUUCGGGUCAUUAAAACCCAUGUGUGCUAAUAGUUUGAAAAUGACUGAUGUGUUUGUCAGAACUUUAUUGCAUCAGCUAUUGUUUGGAAGUUUGUGACGGUGAAUGCUCAGCUUUCGUUUGUGUGGCGUAGCGCUUUAAAUCCAGAUCUCAUAUCCUGUUUUUGUCUGCUGAAAACGAAUCACAUGAUUGCCCUCGUCGGAAAAACCCGUCCUCUCCUAAAGCUUAAAGCGCUUUUGUCUUUCUGCUCGUGUGUAAAGUGAGAUCAGACUUAUGUAACCGUCAAUCAGUUCAAUGCAUUUUCUCAAUCACUGGUUUGGUUUCAUUCUUUGGUGUCCUUUCUGUAAAGAUGCGGCAGUGCUGUUGGUGAUUUAUUGUAACAGAUGCUUUUGUUUUUGUAGAUGUAGAGCAUUUGCCAAGAAAAGCUCACAGGACUCGUCCUGCCUGCUGCCCUCGGGCAAGUUUCUGUUCACCUGUACGAGUUAAUAACUAAGGUCUAAAGUUAGACUGUAAUGAUUAACUUGAAAAUCAGGAACAGACAGGUUCUUAAAUUUUUUUUACUUAACUUCAAAACGCAACUAAUUAAACAACUUGGAAUCAUUUUCUAAUCUGUUUUCAUGACUUCAUCCCAUUUUGUACAUAAUGCCAUGAGCCUCUAUCCAUUGCUGCUUUGUAUGAUUUGAUAUUAACUGUUGAAAUGUGUUGUUUGUGUGUGUGUGUGUGUGUGUGUGUGAAUAAACUGUAAAUACCGAUUUGUUCUCUAUUGAUGACAUUAUUUGUAUUUGUUCUGUUCUGAUGGUUUGUGUUAAUGUUUUUUUUUUUAUUUGGUUCUUUUUUGUAUUUUUGUAUAAUGUGGGGGAAUUUCCAGGCUCAUUGUUCUGCUGGGAAAACCUUUCUCUUUUGCUUUUACAUGUGACUCUGACAAAAGAAUUUCUAAGCUCUGUUUCGACUGUCUGAGCUGUCUUUUUUUUUUCUUCGAGAGAUGUUUUAGGAUUUUCCACAUUUUUCCUUUGGGACAUAAUCUGGCAUCUUGCCUUAUCCUGCCAUCAGAAGGCUCUUGUUUUGGUUUCUCUUCCUUCGUUACUUGCUGUUUCAUGGAAAUGGUCAGCUAAAUAAAACGGUUAAACCCCA